AUGCCGCCCGAUGGACAGGCCAAGAUGAGGGGGCUUCGAAUCACGUGUGCCGAGGGCAUGCAUCAGGGCGAUGGAGAGGACGGACCGACGGACCGACGACCCGUCCCGAUCAUUAGGGACGAAGGACGUCGCUGUAGACGGACUUCGACGACACAAGGCAAACAAGUUUACAUCCUCGAAAUUGGUCUGCCGAAUUCCGCACCAGCUUCGCUGAUUACCUCGACUAAGAAAACGUACGAUCAGGUCGAUAAUGUGGCCGCUGGUUGGCGUAAAAAAACCACCGGACGGGGUCGAGAUAAUUUCGCGUUUGCUUUUUUGCCUUACUGUCGCAAAACUCCAUUUGAAAUGUGA